AUGUCGGUCGCAAAGAAGUUGAUUAAAUGUGUUAUGCUUGACUUGGACGGCACGCUGCUCAACACAGAUGGCAUCGUAGGCAACGUUUUGAAGGUUUUGUUAGGUAAGUAUGGAAAGGACUGGGACGGAAGAGAAGGUCAGAAAAUAAUAGGAACGACACCGUUUGAAGCCGCUGCUGCGGUUGUGCAGGAUUAUGAACUUCCCUGCUCGACGAUUGAAUUUCUCUCUGAAAUUUCGCCUCUCUUCUCUGACCAGUGGUGCAACAUUAAACCACUUCCUGGUGCUAAUCGAUUGAUUAAACAUUUGAAGAGUCAUGGAGUUCCGAUGGCCUUGGCGUCAAACUCUCCAAGGGAAAGCAUUGAAGCCAAAAUAUCCUAUCAUGAUGGAUGGAAGAAUUCUUUUUCUGUUAUAAUUGGUGGAGAUGAAGUAAGGACAGGGAAACCCUCCCCCGAAAUAUUCAUUGAAGCUGCUAAGAGGUUAAGCAUUGAACCUUCCAGCUGUCUUGUUAUUGAAGAUUCUGUACCUGGGGUUACUGCAGGUAAGACCGCUGAAAUGGAAGUAGUGGCUGUACCAUCACUUCCAAAACAGUCGCAUCUCUACACUGCAGCAGAUGAGGUGAUCAAUUCCCUACUUGAUUUGCAACUCGAAAAGUGGGGUCUGCCUCCAUUUGAAGAUUGGGUGGAGGGAACUUUGCCCUUAGAUCCUUGGUAUAUUGGUGGUCCAGUUGUGAAGGGUUUUGGUCGUGGCUCGAAGGUACUUGGGAUCCCUACAGCGAAUUUAUCAACAAAAGGAUAUUCAGAUCUCCUCUCAGAGCAUCCUGCGGGAGUUUAUUUUGGUUGGGCUGGAUUACCAGCAAGUGGUGUUUUUAAAAUGGUGAUGAGCAUUGGUUGGAAUCCAUAUUUCGACAACAAAGAAAAGACCAUAGAACCGUGGUUACUUCAUGACUUCAACGAGGAUUUCUAUGGGGAAGAACUGCGGCUAGUUGUAGUUGGUUACAUACGUCCCGAGGCCAAUUUUCCAUCCCUUGAAAGCUUGGUAGCUAAAAUUCAUGAAGACCGCAGAGUUGCUGAACGGGCUCUUGAUCUUCCCUUAUAUUCAAGUUUUAAGAACGAUUCGUAUUUGAGAAGCUCUUAG